GCGUGCGUCAGUCGGCAGUCGCGCACCGAGCGCCAUACUGCGAGAACGUCGGGUGGCGACGCGCCCGCCCGUCGCGUGCUAGUGUUGUGUCACUGCGGUGGGCCAGGUCGGUUUCGAGAUUUCUUCGUUCCGACGCAACCAUGGCUCUCAACUCGGACGGUGAACAGAAAUCGAACCUGGUCCUCCGGGUGGACCAGGAUUCGGACUCGGUUCUGCAGUCGUUGUUCGACACUGUGCUCAAGCCGGACUCGAAACGGCCGCUACAGGUGCCUCUUCGUAUGCGACAGCUUCCAAAGUCGUUCUUUAACCCGCCGUCGACCGGUUCCAAGUCGCCAUCUGUGUCUCACUCGCGAGAAAACUCGGCUGACUCGGCGUUCGGAUCGUCGUCCGCGACUGGCGCCGCUCCGGUGUCGCACUCUCGGGCGCACUCCUCGCCGGCCAGUUUGCAACAGACGUACGCCGCGGGUCAGCAAAAUCAACCACAGCCACUUCAUCACCAACACGCGAAACACAGAUCGUAUGAUGUCGGAUCACAUCUUCAAGACGAUUUGGGCCCACUUCCAGCUGGUUGGGAGCAAGCGAGAACUCCGGAGGGUCAGAUUUAUUAUCUCAAUCACAUAACAAAGACGACGACGUGGGACGACCCGCGCAAGACGUUGGCGGCACAGUCGGUGGCCAGCAGCGUGCAGCACCAGAGCGCAGAGACGCUGCUGCCGCAGCCCGCCAGCGCGCCCGCCAUCACACCCGCAGCCACCCCAGCAGCGAAGAGUACAAGUAGUAACACGACGACAGAUCCACUAGGGCCGCUACCAGAAGGUUGGGAGCAGGCGACGACACCAGAAGGUGAAACCUAUUUUAUAAACCAUGCCGCCCGAACAACGUCUUGGUUCGACCCUAGAAUACCACAACACUUACAACGCACACCGGCGGCGAACGCCGGCGCGGCGGGCGGCGGCUGGGCCAACGCCUCGCUCCAGGCCUGCCAGCAGAAAAUACGCCUCCAGUCGCUUCAGCUCGAGCGAGAUCGUCUCAAGCAGCGCCAGCAGGAGAUCCGACUCCAGCAAGAGCUGAUGGCGCGGCAGUCGUCGUCGAUCAUGUCUUCGCUAGCCAGUAGCGCGGGCGCGGCGGCGAGUACGGAUCUGUCGCUGGACCCGUUCCUGUCGGGGCUGUCGGAGCACCAGCGGCAGGAGUCGGCCGACAGUGGGCUGGGCAUGGCGGUGCCGCGCGUGGGCGAGGGAGACGGGCUGUUCUCCAUCCCGCACACGCCCGAAGACUUCCUGGCGGGCAUGGACGACCGCAUGGACUGCAGCAGCGAGGCCGGCGCCAACAUGGACUCCGCCGACAUGGCCAUCGGCGACAACCUCGACUCUACAGACGACCUGGUACCUUCUUUGCAGCUGAACGAGUUUACAAACGACAUUCUGCUGGACGACGUGCAGUCGCUGAUCAACUCGACCCCGAGCAAGCCGGACAACGUGCUGACCUGGCUGUAGGCCUUACAAACAUUCAAAUUAGAUCAUAUCGUUAAUUUAGCGUACUUACCGCUUCACACGUCCACCGCCACGAAUGUCGGUGACCGGUAAAGGUGUACAUUUCACUAAAAUGACAAUAGUGCAACGUGUGUCUGAACUGACGUGAUUUUUAUGUCUGACGAGUGACUGUAGAGGUAUCGGCACCGUUACGACGGCCUCGUGUCUAGCACCACUUAUUAUUCAGAAUUCGUUUUGUCCUCUCUGCAUUUAUUCGAAUGAGACACAAACACGGAAUUCUGGGUGAUGAGUGUCAUUUUCCAUUCUGAUAUUUAACCGUGUGUCCGAAACUGAAGUAUCUUUUGUUCUAAUUCGUGGAGAUGUAUUUACACUGUAUCAUUUAAACGGGCAUUGAGUUUUACGGCAGACGGUGAUGUAAUGUAUCCAAAAAGUUUACAUUGUCUAGAAUUAGAAGCCUUUUGUAUGAUUUGCGCUGCGUGCCAGCGAGGAAUGACAGGCCCGCGUAGGGCGUGACCGCGGCUCGCGCGAGUCGGACGGCCCGGCCGGCCCGUUGCAACCUUUCUUUCAUAACCGAAAGAAGCUGUGUUGCAACACUAAUUCAAUUCAUAAGUUAGGUUUCCCAUAUUCUUUCUCCCUAAGACUAUCGGAAAUCCUAUUAUUUCAUGCGUAUUUAAACUAGACAUAAUGUUGGCUGAAUAUAAAUACUAAUUAAUGUAUUAUCAAUAAAUUUAAGAUUGUGAUAACAUCUUGACAUAACAGUGCCUUAUUGUGCCUUUAUAAAAAUUAUUUAUUGUGUUUUGUAAUUUAGAUAAAUGUUAAAAUAUUUCUACACUACUAUUGUCGAACAUUUGAUAUAUUAAUUUGAUAUAACUGUAAAACUACUUAUGUAAACUUGUAGUUAUGUGUUUGUCGACUUACACCGUCCUUGUGUAUUUUUGGAGAUUAUGAUAGAUGUUAAGUUUUAUCGUUAAUCGUGAAGUAGUUAAUUAUGUUGGCAACUAUUACUGUGGUUAUUGUAAUGUUAAAUGAUUGGCCGAAGUGAGCCGCGCCCGCUGCGCAAGAGCGCGGGAGCGGCGCGAGACACUUCGCCGCGAUGUGACAUGACUUAGAUGAUUCUAACGAAGCUUCGGAAAGUCAAUAAGUAGGUAAAUUUUUGAUUAUUUUUUGGUAUGUUUAGGGGUUGCGCGGGAGACGUGUCGACUGUAGGGUGCGGACGGCGACGGGUAGGCCUGUGCAAUAUGGAUCCGACGUCCAAUUUGGUGCCAACUUAGAUAGGAUCAAAUAUAUUUUCAUUAUUUACCGUCGCCUAGAAUACUUCCUUUAUCUUAUCGACUCAAUGAAUCCAUCAUCCGUAUCUUGACAAACGUCAGAUCUUCUCAAAAUUACUUUUUAGCCCACCUAGUCUUUAGAUUUCGUUAUUAUGAGUGUGAUGAUUCAGCUAGCUUGAUUAUACAAUUCGAAAUUAGGCCUUAUGAAAUGCUACAUAGAAAACUUUGCCAUAUUAGUAAAAUACUUUAUUCUUAUAAGACUUAAUGUAAUCUUCAGUUAUGAUAUAGAUAGCAAGUGUAAGCAUCUGUGUAACUACUGUAAUUAGAGGUAACGGUGCUGGGUUGAUGAUACAUUUUAUUUUGUAUUCUGUAGAUCCAUUUGUUGUACUUUAUAUUGUAUCGUGUAAUUCUUUGUACUCCGUAAGUGGAAGCUUCUCAUAUUGUUCGGGUUAUUAUUCUCUCGCUCCCUUCCCCCUGUGUCCGAAGCUCGGUGGAGCGAAGGAGCCACCGACGCCCGCUACUCGUGGCCGGCGACGCCGAUGUCGCGCCACUACAGUCUGUCCGUCGCUGCGGCGACACUCGAGAAACAUUCCAGUCGCUUACAGUCGCCGGCGCGCGCGCCGCGCCUCGCUUACGAAGAAUAAUAUUCGGAACAAUAUAUCAAGUGUAAAAUAUCGUUUAUUUCUUAAGUAUAGCCUUUAUAUUACAAACAUAUCUUUCAGUCUGAUAGCAGAUGCAAGUUUUCUCUGUAGUGUAAUGUAUUACGUGUAUCAAUGUCAUAACAAUGAAAUUCAUAAAAAU